AGAUUUCCAAACAGCUCAUCACGCAAUUCAAUCUCUCUCCCCCCCGCGAUUCACGCCUUGUUUGAAGUUUUUCUCAAUCAUCGGAAAAAUCCCGGCAAUUGGGAAAUCCGUAUCCCCCUCUUUCUUUGUUAGCGUAAGCCGAAUUUCGAUUUUCCACCUCUUUCCCGGGGAAUAGAGGAGGAGAAUCUGUUAUCUUUUUUGUAUCUGGGUGAUCUUUCCGAGAAAGUUCGAGGAUUUCGAAGGAAAGAGAAUCCGAGGGAAAAGAGGAAGAUGAGUUUUCAGGAUUUGGAGGCAGGAAGGCCGUUGGCUUCGUCAAGGAUCAAUAAAGGUCGACAGGAUGCGACUCAGGCCGUCGCCUCCGGCAUUUUUCAGAUCAAUACCUCCGUCUCGUCCUUUCAGCGUCUCGUCAAUACCCUCGGUACUCCUAAGGACACGCCCGAGCUCCGGGAGAAGCUGCACAAGGCGAGGCUGCACAUUGGACAGCUCGUGAAGGACACCUCAGCUAAACUUCGAGAAGCCAGUGAAACAGAUCAUCGAGCUGGUGUGAACCCAAAUAAGAAGAUUGCGGAUGCGAAGCUUGCAAAGGACUUUCAAGCAGUUCUGAAAGAGUUCCAGAAGGCCCAGCGUCUUGCAGCUGAAAGGGAAACUGCAUAUACUCCUUUUGUGCCUCAAGCAGUCCUUCCGUCCAGUUACACAGCUGGCGAGGUAGACGUGAUUUCAGAUAAGACUCCAGAGCAACGUGCGCUUCUUGUGGAAUCAAGAAGACAGGAAGUCUUACUGCUGGACAACGAGAUUGCAUUCAACGAGGCUGUAAUUGAGGAGAGAGAGCAGGGCAUACAAGAGAUCCAGCAGCAGAUAGGUGAGGUGAACGAAAUCUUUAAAGACCUAGCGGUGCUAGUUCAUGAUCAAGGAGCCAUGAUCGAUGAUAUAGGGACACACAUCGAGAACUCGCAUGCUGCUGCAGCACAAGGGAAAUCCCAUCUCGCAAAAGCCUCAAAAACGCAAAGAUCAAAUUCAUCUCUGACAUGCUUGCUGCUGGUGAUAUUCGGUAUCGUACUCCUGAUUGUGAUCAUAGUGCUGGCCGCUUGAUUGGUAGAGACGAGAUGAGUGCAAAAGAGUUGACGGGUGUUUGUUCACUACCCCCAAAGAACAUCAAUGAAGCAAAUCUCGUUGGUAUGUUCUUGCUUUGAGCGUGUGCUUUCAUGGCUAUCUUUCCUUUUUCUGCCUGUUGGGUUUUGGUUUGUGUUCUGCUACUGAGUGAGUGUAUAUCUAUAUAUAUAUAUAUAUAAAGAUGUGUGGUAUCUCAUGGAAAGAGACUAAACGUCAAGUUUUGGUUUUGGUGUCUGUGUCGGAGUAUUAUUGUUUUUGUGUAAUUCUUUUUUUUUUCUUC